GUGCUCUAGUGAGCUAAGUGCAGGAAAAAUGAUGACGGGGACACAACUGUUGUUGUUGAAAAGGACCACUUUAUGGAUGAUUUCUUCCAUCAGGUUGAGGAGAUUAGAAAUGGUGUAGCUAAAAUAGCUCAGUAUGUUGAAGAAGUAAAGAAAAACCACAGCAUCAUUCUCUCUGCACCAAACCCAGAAGGAAAAACAAAAGAAGAGCUUGAAGAUCUGAACAAAGAAAUCAAGAAAAUUGCUAACAAAAUUCGCGCCAAGUUAAAGUCUAUUGAACAAAGCUUUGAUCAGGAUGAGAGUGGGCACCGAACUUCCGUGGAUGUUCGGAUACGAAGAACCCAGCAUUCAGUACUAUCUCGAAAAUUUGUGGAAGUCAUGACAGAAUAUAAUGAAGCACAGACUCUAUUUCGGGAGCGAAGCAAAGGACGUAUACAGCGUCAGCUAGAAAUAACUGGAAAGACUACGACUGAUGAUGAGCUAGAAGCGAUGCUGGAAAGUGGGAACCCUUCCAUUUUCACUUCGGACAUCAUAUCAGAUUCACAGAUUACUAAACAAGCUCUCAAUGAAAUUGAGUCACGUCACAAAGACAUCAUGAAGCUGGAGACCAGCAUCCGAGAGCUGCAUGAAAUGUUUAUGGAUAUGGCUAUGUUUGUUGAGACUCAGGGUGAAAUGAUCAAUAACAUAGAAAAAAACGUCACGAAUGCUGCAGACUACGUAGAACAUGCUAAGGAAGAAACGAAGAAAGCUAUUAAAUAUCAGAGCAAAGCGAGAAGGAAAAUGAUGCUCGUUAUUAUUUGUGUGAUUAUUUUGCUUGUGGUCCUUGGAAUUAUCCUAGCAACAACACUGUCAUAGCAACUGUAGCCCAAGACCCUCGGAGUCGGACCACAUCUGCAGCAGAUCAGCAUCCUCCCCGUCCAUGAGUGAAUCCUAGACGUUGUGACAUGUGGCACUGAGUGCUGGCUUUUUAUUAGUAAAUUCAAGGAGAAAACACAACAGAAUGUAUUGUUCAGUGAAAAAGCCAUAAGCAGAAUGGAUGUGAUGAGUUAACCCAAACAUCCUUGGACUCUAAAUAACACGUCACAAACCUUCAACAAUGUGAAACUUGUUUCAAUGGCCUUAAAAUAAGGAAUUAUUGAAAAUUUCAAUUUUUAUAUUUCAGUGUUAAAAAUAUAUGUAUGUAAAGUUUGAUUAGGAAUAUUUUAUGUUAUGAAGCUAUUAGAUUUCAGGUCUAGACUUUCUUCCCUGCCCUUCUCCCAGCUAACAAGCUAAUUAAGAGACAUUUUUGUACUAUGUUUAACUCGUGUUUAUUGUUUGCAAAAAUAAUUUUUAUUAUCACAGAGCUGUUUUGUAAGAUAUCUAUAAUUUUAAAUGUUUUGUAAAUUGUUUAAUAUAUUAACAUCUUAAUUUACUGCAUUUUUAUAUAUUAAAUAUGACCUUUUCAAAGAUAUAGGGAGCUUCAUGGUAUCAGAGCCAUCUUGGCACAGUUGUUUACAGAGUUUGCCGUUGGCAUGGAAAACGUUAGUUGCAAAGCAUCCCAAAAAGCCUUUCAAGUGCCUUCUGUCAGUACCGGUUUAUAAGGUUUAAACGCACCUGCUGCCUCCAGAAACGCCUCAGUUAUUAUACCCAGCUCCGUUUCUACCUGUUCCUUUUCCCAGAUAAUAAAUUAGUCACCGCACUGUAAAGACAAUGGUCUCUUCUUUGUUUGUCACAUAAGGUUUGUGUUUCCUGUUACUUUAAUAAAGUCUGAAUUGAAGAUGAUGAUAACCAAGAUUUCAGAUGGUAGUAAACCAAGAUUUACUACUUUCUAAACUCAAGGAAAUUAUUCCCAGACAUUAAUUCUUUUAAAUUGUUGUAUGGGUCCCUUCAGUGUUCCUGUUAAGCACCUACUAUUCUGCUGAACUUUAAAAGUUAAUCCCAAAGUUUAUAGGAAAUCUAUGAUAAACAUUUUUAUUGCUCAUUAAUGUUUUUACUAUAAUAAUGUGCUUUACACUUGUAAAAUAUGUGAAAUCUUGCUAGCGAAUGGACAUCUAUAAGGUAGUCAAAAAUUUAAAUGAAUGUGAAGGAUACCCAAAAUAUAGUUAACUCUUGUUACUUCUGUAUGUGGUUGUAUAAGCAUCUGACUGUAUUAUAACGUUGUUUGGUUUGAAAACUCAUAUAGAUUAUGCUUGAUUCCAAACUAGCGUGAAUUAUACCAAACAGUUUAGAGGCUGUGUUCCUCAUUUAAUACAAUUAUGAAUUCCAGUCAUUCAUAAUUUAUACAUCUAACUGCUUAGCUUAAAGUCUGUAUUUAUGCAUCUUAUUUAUUACUUGCUGAUCACUGUGUACUCAGAGUUACUCUAGGAACCUUCUGGCCCUAACAUAUAUUUUAAAAUCUUCCCAUAGUCUCUCAGCGGGAUGUGCUCACUGAUUUGUGCUUAUGUUGAAAAUUAACUUGUCCUGAAGGAUAUUUAACUACUUAGAGAUCAUGCUUGUGCUAAUGUACCUUCUACACACCUGUGUAAUUAUGUCCACAUGGAGAGGAGCUUUGUGCUGAUGACCUGUCCCCACUGUCCCUCUCUCUCUUCAAGGUCAGUCUGUUAGUACUCACCUUUCAUAAUAAUUCUUAUUGCAUUUUUUCAAGUCAUUUUUUCCUAGAUUUUAAGUACUUAGUAAAUUUGUGUUUUUAUAGUUGAAGUUAUGGAAAUGCUUUUAGAUUUCUAGAUUUCUAUUUGGAUACUUAAAUCAUUCAUUAGAUAACACAUUUGUAUUUCUAAGCCUCAUGUACUUAUUUGAAAUCAGAUUUUAAAAAAUAUUUUACAGGUUCAUUUGUUACCUUUUUUUAUUUCUUCAAAUAUUUCAUGUUUACAUUAAAAAAAAACUCCCCAAGAACCAAAAAAAACCAAAACAAAACAAAAAAACUUUCUGCCUUGUCAUUUCUGGAAAGGUAUUUGGGGAGGUAUUUUAUUGCAUAUCCACUAAUAAAUUGUUCUACUAAGAAAA